AUCUUCCCGUCUGCUGUGUUUCAGCUCUUGGCAAGAUGCAUUUGCCUCCUGCUUGCUGGGAGCUGCUGUGGCCCAGGGCCAGCACAGACUGGGCUGGGUGGGCCAGGCAGUGUGGUGGAGAGUCUUGGCUGAUCUUGGUGUGUGCCUGGCCUCAGAAAAGGCUUGGAAGAUUUGCCUGCCGAGGUGUCCUGCUCCUUGGCUCUCCCUGUGCAUCUUGGAGAGCACAAGGGAGGCAUUUCUGGCAGCUGGGCAUCAGCAGGCCUUCAAAUGGGGGCGUGUUGUGGAGCGAGCGCAGCUGAGAUACCCUGAGAGGAGCCCAGGGCUCCUUGCUCCUCUCUGCUGGCCCGUGAGUGUCUGUCUGCUCUCGGGAUGGCCCUGGCUGUGUCACGGGUGCUGCGUGGACACGAGACAGCCGCUCCUGUCCCGCUGGGUCCCAGCAGCGCCUGGCAGCCAUCCUGCAUCCACGUCAGGAUGCUGGCCAAGAGAGGCUCUGGAAGCUGAGGCAGCUGAUUUUAAGCUUCUGCAGGUGCCAACAGGUCAAGGCCAACAGUGUUCCCUCAGGAUACAGCAUUCCUGAGGGGCUUCCCCAGAGCUGCCUGAUGCCACCCACUCCUUGUGGCACCAGUUGCUUUCCUGUGGAAGGUUCUACCUUCCCCAAGAGCACAGAAGGAGCUGGAGAAAGAGCUGGCCAGGCUGCUCUUGAUCCUUUACCAGCAGCCCUGGGUGAGCAGAGUAAUCCCAGCUGAGCGCAGAUGUGCCAAUGGAAGAGCCGUGCAUGGGAAGGCUCGGUGGGAAGGAUGAUCCAGGAUCCAUAGGCCUGGCAGCCUGAGCUUGCUGCCGGGGAAGGCCUUGGAGCAGAUCCUCCUGAGUGCCAUCCCACAGCACGUGCAGGGAACCAGGGGGUCUGCUGGAGGGAGGGAAACUCUGCGGAGGGACAGGGACAGCUGAGGGUCCUGGCGGGAAGUUGAGGGCUUCUUUGUGGUGUUUGCAGGGUGUUGGUGUUGGACGUGCGCUGGGGAAGGAGUUGUCUGGGAGGUGAGAGGUCUGGGCUGGAAUUUGAGUCUGUUUUAAGGCAGCAUCUGUGGUUUGGCACAGCCUUGCUCAUGGGUCUCAGAAAGAAUAUCCGUGACUGUUUGUGUUCAUGGUCCUGAUUGUGCUGCAGGGAACAAGAGGGGAGAGCUGUACUUUAUUGGCCACUUAGAUCUCUAUACCGGGGCAGGGUUAACCAUUUUGCCAUCUACUCAUUGUUGCCAGCAGUUGCUCCAGGUGCUCCUGCCAACAGCCCCUGCAGGCAGGAGCACAGCCCCCAGUGCACGUGGGUUUGGCUCCCUCUGGCACAGAAGCCCCCCAGGGGCUCAGAUCUGUGGGGCAGGAGACGGGCACCAGCCCUGCCAGGGCUCGGGGGCUGGCAGGUCUGCCUGGGUGGGGACUCUGCCACAGCUGCUGGUGUCAGCGCUCCCCGGGCCCCAGGGCUCAGAGCAGCAUUCGUGCCCUGGCCCACAGUUCCUUGUGUGUGCCACACCCGCGGGUUUAGGGUGGCCACGGGCUGGGAUGCGUCCCGAGGAGGCUGUGGCAGCUUCCAUGGAAGGUUCUGUGCCCUUCCCAGCGCAGCUGUGUCGGCAACCCUGGGAGCUCCUUCUGCUGCCCUGAGCCCGCAGAGCCGGGCAGCGUUUGCUGAUGGUCUGAGCCGUUCCUAAAGAUCCUGUCGGGCUGUCUCAGACACUUGGGGCCAGGGAUUCCUUCCAACCUGGGCCACUUUGGCUGGGCAGGGGGUGGCCCCAGGGCAGGUGGCAGUGUGUGCAAGGCCCCUUUGUGACAUGGUGCAGCAUGGUUACUAUGGCAUAGAACGGGACAGGAUGGCCUUUGUGACACGUGCUGACAUAGGAGCUGGCACUAACCAGAGCACGCCACUCUGCUCAGAGCAGGCGACCGGACAGGACGGGACAGAGCGGUGCCGUGAGGAGCCCCCGCACAGCGCGCUCGUUCGUGCCUGACCCGGAGCUUUUCCGAGGCAUUAUUCCUACAGGUGACCUCGUGGCAAGACCACAGGACUUGGCAGCCCGUGGCCUUCCCGAGGCUUCUCUUUUGUAGGUGCCCUUGAGGACUUGUUGACUUGGAGCUUUCCCAAGCCAUCUCUCUUUCAGGUGCCCUCGAUACCAGACUCUGGCAUGGCAGGCAGAUUUCUCGGCUUGUUUAGAGUGUUCAGGGGGAAGAAAAAGAAAAGCCCUGAAGCUGCUCCACCACAACAGCGUGAAAACCUGGAGCAGUUCCAGCCACCGGAGGACGAUGCAGCCCUGGACCGCACACAAGAGAAGAAACCUGCCCGUGGCCGUUUCCGCAAAACCCUGAAGAUGUUCUGGAAGUUCCCGUGCAUUCGACGUAGAAAGACCGGCAGCGCAGCAGCUGAGGGCCCGGCCGAGCCUGGCUCGGGGCUGACCGAGCUCCAGGCUGAGCCUGAUGUCAGCCCAGAUUUGCCUGAGCGCUCAGAGAACUCUGACACCUCAGUGACUGAAACUCGGACAAAGAUUCUUCUCACAUCAAUGACUGAGGAUGUGGACAUCACAAACGCCAAAACCAGAGACACUCAGGGCAUCGCAAAUACUGACACCAUGCCCUCUCCAACUCUGAGUCAGGAACUCAUAUUCGACUAUUUCAAGGACCCUUGUGUUCCUUCUCAGCAGCAGGUGCCAGCCAAGGUGAAGAACAUCCACCAGCGUCUCAUGUCCCAAGUCACUGUGGAUGUCUGGCUGAAGACUGACAUUUUGAGGCUGGCUGAAGAACACCCUGCUGACCUGGUGCUGACCCUCCUGCGCUGUGCCCCAGCGUGUGACAGAGCCGCUGCAAUGAUGUGGAGAACCAUAGGCUCAUCGAGUCCCACCGUGGAAAAGGUGCUGCCAACGCUGCUCUGUGUGAUGGAGAACUGGCCUCUGCACAGCAUGUGCACCUCUGAUGGGGACAACGAGGAAGUCUUUGCCCUGGCUGCAACUCUGGGUCUCUGGGUGAUUCUCCAGGUGCCUGAGUGCCAGGAGGCGAUAAACCUUUAUUCCCCCCGCCUGUUUGUGGCUCUGCUCUUCCAUCUUGUCAUCACCACACAGCAGAUACCAUCAGAGGAAGUUGCUACAUUCUGGAGAGCAUGCUGGCAGGCACACCACCUUCACUGCAAGCCCAACAGGUUUGCAGUGCAGACCAUGAAGGCUCUGCUCUGCCGACUGCAGUGGGACCAUGUGGUGCUGGCUAUGGAGCGCAAGCGUGACUGGGACAUGCUGCUGCGUGCUGACACCCAGCACGUUGCUGUGGGCCUGCUGGCCAGGGUGUUGUGCCAUGUCUUGGACCCCUUCUGUUCCCGCAUUGCAUUCCGCCUGCUCCGGCCACAGAGCAGGGAAGAGCCGUGCUGGGAUCUGCCCUCCCUGGCAUUCCUGGUGGAGGUCCUCGGGGGCCUGGACUUGAGUGAAUGCGGUGACAGGGUUCUGGAGAUGAUGUCAAGGUACCUGCGGAGCGAGUGCAGGGAGCGGCGUCGCCUGGCGCUCCGAGGCCUUGUGGUGCUCACCAAGGAUCCCUCGAUGGCCAGAAGAAUGUACCCGCUGUCUCAAAGCCUUCUGGAGCUGCUGGGGGAUGCAGAUGGAGAGGUGGUCAGCAUGAGCCUCCGUGUGUUCACAAAUGUCCUCCAGCACACAGACAUCCUGGUAUCCAGCACCACUGCCCCGAAGCUCGCUGAGGCACUCCUCCUGCUCUUUGACCAUGACAGCAGCUAUGUGCGCUUGCUCUCUAUUUUACUCUUUGACAAGAUGAUGAACUUUCUAGUGGAUGAGGGAGAAAAGCCCGUGAAGAAGAUUUUGUGUCAGAGCUUCCUCCCACUUUUCUUGCACUGCCAUGAGGACAACCAGCGCGUGGCAAAUGCUUCUCGGGAAACGCUGCUUGGUGUGGCCGAGUUUUUGAAGAAGAGGAAUCUCAAGAAGCUGCUGAAGAAGGAGCAGCUGUCAAAGUUUGCCGAGUGCCUGCUGGCAGAGGACAGCAGCAGCGCGGCCGAGCACCUGCGCCGGGCCCUGCCCUACCUGCAGAGCCCACAGGAGCCCCUGCGAGAGGCGGCCGUCAGGUUCAUGGGGAUGGCCGGGCGCUACCUGAAGGGACAGCCAGUCGAGCUUCACGUUCUCACUCAGGCCCUUGAAGCCAUGAGCGAAGAUGACAGCCCAUCCUCCACUAACCUGGAAAUUCAGGAAAUUUUUGGAAAGAGAUGUGCAGAACUAAGGUCAUCUGCUGGAUUCACAGAACCACGAUCCCAAGAAGAGUACCAGGAGACAGUGAAGAGAGCACCAGGACUCAACAUCACUGGAGCCCCAGGCACACCUGAUGCUGGCCACAGCUGUGCCUGCUGCAAGCUCCCAUAGCUGCUGCCUUCCCCCUCCCUGUUGACGGCUCCCUCCCCAUUCCCUGUUGAAAGCUCCUUCCCUCCAGCCCUCAGACCCUGCCCAUCCCCUUUUUUUUUCCCCAAUCUCAUCCCUUCCCUUUCCCUUCCAUUAAUAAAGAGUUUGGUUUCUCCCCCUUACCUGCAUCUCUGUGGAGCUGAAGCGGCACAAAUCCCGGGCCCUGGGACACACAGGCCCCUGCUGCUGUUCUCUUCCACGCCGUGUUCUGUGCACACACACACAGAACGAGGGCAGAUCAGGCUGGAAAGGUGCCUGUGCUGAAGGUGCAGUUCCACCACCCUGUGGAGUUGCAGAUCUUGCUGUGCAGCCUGGAGCCCCUGGAAUUUGGAAGAGCCAAGCUGAGUAUGCUCUGAAGGCAGCUGUGAGGGAUUCCAUGGCAAGCUUCCACGGAGGGCAAAGGAGCUUGGAAUGCUGGAAGUUUUCAGGAAUAGCUUCCUGAAGGCUCAGCAGUGCUCCAUCCCCGCACAGGAUCAGGGAGAGGGCAGAACCAGUGACCAUCCAGGCUUAGCAGGGAGCUUUGGGUGUGCCUGAGGGCAAAGGAAGCAGCAGCGCGGUGCCCGAGACUGGGACGCGCGACCCUGCCAGUGCCCGGAGCACUCUCAGGCAGUGCUGGGAUCCCGGCUGUGGUUCUGGUGCCCACAAGUGAGGAAUGGCAGCCCCAGGCUCAGAGCCAGUCAGAAAGCCAAGCAAGUGAGAGCAGAGGGAGGGCACCCUUCCAGUCUCUCUUGGGCAUGGCCACAAAACAGCCCCUGCUGCUUCUUCCUCCGCCUGUGUUUGGGCUGUGCUGGUGGCAGAGGCAGCCAGGCUGUGCUCUGCCUUCCAGAGCCUGUUGGGAGCGGGCAUGGAAAGCGCUGUGUGC